AUGGGAGAGGUUGAUCCAGCUUUCAUCCAACACCCUGAGCACAGGCCCAAACUUUCCGUCCCCAAAGCUGAAGGCAUACCAUUGAUUGACCUGUCUCCCCUAAACUCCUCAGACAACAUUUCUGACCCUAAAGCCAUUGAAGGGGUAGUUAGAGAAAUAGGCAAUGCAUGCAAAGAGUGGGGGUUCUUCCAAGUGAUCAACCAUGGGGUGCUAUUGGAUAAGCGCAAAAAGAUCGAGGAUGCUGCUAGGAAAUUUUUUGCUCAGCCUUUGGAGGAGAAGAGGAAGAUCAUGAGGGAUGAAAAAAGUUUGUUCGGUUACUAUGACACUGAGCACACCAAGAAUGUAAGAGACUGGAAGGAGGUGUUUGAUUUCGCAGUGGAGGAUCCAAUGUUAAUGCCAGCUUCCCUUGAUCCUGAGGACAAGGAAGAGACAAAGUGGACUAACCAGUGGCCUGAGUAUCCUCCAGAACUAAGGGUGGCGAGUGAAGAGUAUACUGAAGAAGUAGAAAAGCUAGCUCUAAAGUUGAUGGGACUUAUAGCCUUGAGCCUAGGCGUGCCAGCAGACAGGUUCAACAGCUACUUCAAAGAUCAAACAAGUUUUAUCAGACUCAACUACUAUCCGCCUUGCCCUUCCCCUCAGUUAGCUCUCGGUGUUGGGCGCCACAAGGAUAGCGGUGCUUUAACCGUGCUUGCUCAGGAUGAGGUCGGAGGAUUGGAAGUGAAGAGGAAGAGAGAUGGAGAGUGGAUUCAAGUUAAACCUACCCCAAAUGCCUAUAUCAUCAAUGUUGGUGACAUUAUUCAGGUUUGGAGCAAUGACAGAUAUGAGAGUGUGGAACACAGGGUGUUGGUGAAUUCAGAGAAGGGAAGGUUUUCCAUUCCCUACUUUGUCAACCCAGCACACUAUACCCUAGUCAAGCCCUUGGAGGAGCUGACCCAUGAACAAGAAGACCCUGCAAAAUAUAAGCCUUACAGCUUGGGCAAGUUUUUGAGUCACAGAAAGCUCAGUAAUUUCAAGAAACACAAUGCUGAAAACAUCCAGCUUUAUCAUUUCAGGGUUUCGGAAUAA